AUGGGGGGACUAAAAAGCUACUUAGAUUUCCUCACUGAAAUUUGUGUCACCCUCAUGGUCAGAAAGCCACAGAGCGACGACUCGGACGAAGAUCAGCCUGAACUACCGCCACCACCAAAAAAGAGAAGGAAAGCAUCAAGUAUCCCAGAAGCUAUAAGAUAUGACAAGUAUGACCAUUGGCCAAUUCGCACGGACAUACCCAAUGCACAGAGAUGCAAAAUGGACGGUUGCAAGAAAAAAACAAUGUUUAUGUGCAGUAAGUGCAAUGUGUACUUAUGUGUCACUAAGAGCACAUGUUUCUUCAAUUUUCAUGGAAAGUAA